UGUGUUAAUAAGGUUUUAUUGCCUUAUAUUGUUUACUUAUAUUUUCAUAAUAUAUUAAAGACAAUGGCAUAUUUGCGUCAACAAGCACCAUACCAGGCUCCACCGCCUAAUCAAAAUUAUUUAUGGGAUUUGUUUUCUAAGGUAGAUCGUGACAGGAGUGGCUCAAUAAGUGCUACAGAACUUCAGCAAGCACUUUCAAAUGGAACUUGGACUCCUUUUAACCCAGAGACUAUUCGGCUAAUGAUGGGCAUGUUUGAUCGAGACAAGAGUGGAACUAUUAAUUUCCAAGAGUUUGGUGCUUUAUGGAAAUAUGUUACAGAUUGGCAAAAUUGUUUCAGAAGUUUUGAUAAAGAUAAUUCUGGAAAUAUCGAUAAAAACGAAUUAAAGCAAGCUUUAACAUCAUUUGGAUAUCGGCUGUCAGAUCAAUUUUAUGAUAUUCUAAUUCGAAAAUUUGAUCGAACAGGACGAGGUGUAAUAACGUUUGAUGAUUUUAUACAAUGCUGCGUUGUAAUUCAAAUGUUGACGAAAUCAUUUAUGAAAUAUGACAUAAACAGGAUCGGUCGGGUUGAACUUGGAUAUGAACAAUUUCUUUCGAUGGUGUUUUCUUUGCGUUCUUGACAGAUGUAAAUGUUGCUCCUUGAAAGACAGACAGAAUAAUAUAUUUUGCAUUCUAUAAUCUCGCUAAGCCAGGCUUAAAUUUGUUAAAUGAAGCAAUGCAUCUAAAAGAUUUGAUCAUUUUUUAUUUUUACAAUUAAAAUUUAAAAUGUUUGAGAUAGAUAAAAGAUGCAAAUAGGAUUGGGAGAGAUCUAGUCGGCGUUGUUUUUUUAUAUAUAUCUUAAAAUCUUAUGUUUUGUAUAAAAGAUUUUUUUCUUAAUUUGUACUUUAUAUUUUAAAAAUCCGUGACGGUUUAUUUUAGAACAUCACGCAGUGUUUUCAACAAUACGACACUGCUCGUUGCGGCACAGCUCAGCUUUAUUAUGAACAAUUUUUAUCUGUUGGUGUUCAGCUAAUGAAACAUUAAGUUGUUAAGACUUGUUCAGUCUAUGAUUCAUUAAAUUGAUAAGAAAUACAUUAUAUUAUUUCUUA